AUGGGAAAUUGUUAACAGUGCAAUGAUUCUGUUCCAAAUAAGACCUAAGAGAUCUUGACUACAAAAACAACGAAGAGUAAAUAAAAAGUUGGGAAGAAGUUAAGCAAAUAAGAAAUGAAAGGAGUGAUUAAAAUAUAAGCUAAUUUCAGAGGCUAUGUAAUUCGAAAAAAAUUUCAAUUUAAAUUAUCUCGAUCAACAGCUCAAAAACAUAGUUCUUCAAUCAUCAAUCAAAAGAGUUCUCACAAUGAUUUGGUUAUAGCCGAAACUUCAUAAGUGAAAUAGAAUACUCUCUAAAUAUAGUAGACAGUUAAAAGAUUGCCUCCAAGAAAGGAUCAAGAGCAAGAGACCAAUUAAAAAUAAUUUUGCAAUGCCGAUAUUACUAUAAAUAUAAAUAAGGAAGUUAAAGAUGAUGCUAGUUCAGUUUCAGAUCUUAGUAGACCCACAAGCAACCCAAUAGCAAUAUCUGUAGAGAUGAAUGGAUUAUGUUUCAUACCGUUAUAAAAAAAAGAUCAAUAAUUAGUCUAAACAAAUUAGUAGCAGAAAUUGCCUUGUAUUGAACUUUAAAAUGGAGCAUUUUAUGAAGGUUAAUGGAAAGAUGGAAUGAUUCAUGGUUUUGGUAAGUAUAUUUUAUCUGAAAAUUCAUUCUAUAUAGGAGAUUGGUAUGAAAAUAAGCCAAAUGGAUCUGGAACAUUUCAACAUUCAAAUGGAGAUCUAUUUUCAGGUACUUGGGUUGAUGGAUAAGUAAAGGGGAAAGGAAAAUAUACGUUUUCUGAUGGGUCAUAUUACGAUGGUGAAUGGAAAAGUGAUUUACCUAAUGGGCAAGGAAUAUAAACAUAUGAUGGCGGUUGGAUUUAUGAGGGAAGUUUUCAAGAAGGGUUUAAAAGUGGUUUUGGUAAAUUGAUAUAUCCUGAUGGAGCUGUUUAUGAGGGAAGAUUCGAAAAUGAUCUUAUGUCUGGAUUUGGAACUUUUGCGUUCUCUGAUGGGAGAACCUAUACGGGAGAAUGGAGAAACGGAGUUAAAUAAGGGAAAGGGGUUUUCGAAUGGCCAGAUGGAAGAAAAUAUGAUGGUCAAUACGUGAAUGAUUUGAGAGAAGGGUAUGGUGUGAUAACAUGGCCUAAUGGUUAAAAGUACUUGGGACUUUGGAAGGCUGGUCUUUAACAUGGCAAUGGAUAAAUCAUUAAAUCUAAUGGAGCUACCUUCAGAGGUAAAUGGAUUAAGGGAAAAAUGGCGACCACAAAAUUAACCACCAAUACUCCAGCUAAAGUAGUUAAACUAGUAAAUGAUUGAAAUUUUUUUCUAAAUUCUCCACUCCUAAUAUAUACAAUUAAAUAGA